CAAAUUCUAAUAGUGCUUAUGAAAUUACGACGUCAUUCGAAAUUAAUCUACCACUUUUAGUUUUGUAAGUCAGGCGAGAAUUGUGAAUAAAACUUAUCUGUAUGCGAAAGUUCAUUUUUUUUUUUUCAUUGCAGUCGAUCAUGGAAAGAGCAGCGUUACAGAACGUGUUAGUCGAAUCUGUGAUAAAUUUGUAAACGGCCAUCUUGUGUUUUGCGAGUGGGAAGGUAUUACUGAAGAAGAAAGUUAUCACAUCAGAUAGUUAAAUUUUGGUAAGGCAAGAAUAACAAUGCUCUUCAGACUCACACGACCAGCAUUAAAGACGAUUGUUGCGUGGAAUGAUGUGGCGUGCGUGCGGGCGAGGCAGUACCACCCGCCGGCCGCCUUCAAGCAGCCCACAAUGGACGACCUGCCCGUACCGCAGGGCUCCUGGCAGGCAGCGUACGACGCAAAGCAGAGGAAAUACAACAUUCAGCUGAUAUCAGGGAUACUGGUGUUCGCGUUCACCGUUGGCUUCGUUGCAAAAUCAGACAUGAUAGACUUCAACUUCUCUCGUCCAGAGUUGCCGACGGAAUAGUUGCUGUGGAGUGAAGCCAUGUGUUGUAGAGUAUGUAAAUAGCAAGUGAUGUUCGAACAUUGUGCUAUGCAUUUGUCAAUAAACCUCACAAUUUCUUGUUAUUAGUA